GGUGGUGCUUAUUAUUCGGGCAAUCAUUUCAAUGGCGGCCAUCAGCAGUACCGGAACUUCUUCAAGUAAAUUCAACAUGGCCAACUUUCUUCCUUCCUUCUCCUUACCAAUCGUUAAAAGACUCUUGAGCUACAAGAAAGGAGGGGAUGAUGACGAAGGGGAAGAGAAUUGGAGUGAAAAAGCUGUCAAGAGUUUGGUAAAGAAGCUAAAGCGGACAGGAGGCCUUGAUGAGCUGGAGAAAGCUAUUACAACUGAAGGAAGUGUUCAGACAUCUUGUGUGACCAUAGCCAGGUCACUGGACGGUAGACUGCAGGUAUCCCACAGGAAAGGUCUACCCCAUGUCAUCUACUGCAGACUCUGGCGUUGGUCUGAUCUACAGAAUCAUCACGAGUUGAAGGCAAUCGACAGCUGUCAGUAUGCCUUCCACCUCAAGAAAGAUGAUGUGUGUGUUAAUCCAUAUCACUAUGUGAGGGUAGAGACACCAGUCUUGCCACCUGUCCUUGUUCCUACUAACGUUGAGCACAAGGUUCCUUCCAUAAUGCCGUCACUGGCCGAGGAGGCACUACCUGAGAACAGGGUCUACCCAUCCCAAGACCUGUUCCCCUCUCCUCCUGUCUACCCUCCUCCUGAGGAAACCCCGCCCCCAGCUUAUGGUGAUAUAGGUAGUCCUGCCGGAGCCACAGCCAGUAAUCUAAGCACUUAUUCAGGAGUUGGGUCACCGAUAAUGUCUCCUACUUCAAUGGCUCCACUGUCAGUCCCAUCUCCUGAUGUCUAUCAGACACAACAUGGAGGAAUGUCACCGUCCAUUCACCCCGGCCCAUCUCAGAGUCCUGAUUAUCAACCAGUGACCUACCUAGAGCCGGUCCACUGGUGCUCUGUCAGCUAUUAUGAGAUGAAGAACCGAGUAGGUGAGAUAUUCCACGGCUCCAGUCCUUCCCUGACUAUUGAUGGAGGGACUGACCCCAGCUCCAGCGAGAGGUUCUGUCUUGGUCUAUUGUCUAAUGUUAAUCGUGAUGCUGUCAUCCAGCAGACCAGAUGUCACAUUGGUAGAGGAGUCCAUCUUUAUAAUGUAGGCGGUGAAGUUUGGGCAGAGUGUCUGAGUGCUAGUAGUAUUUUUGUUCAAUCGCCUAACGCUAACUUGCGGUGUGGCUGGCACCCUGCUACAGUCUGUAAGGUUCCCCCAGGUUGCCAGUUGAACCUGUUCAACAGUCAGGACUUUGCCAACAGACUAGCUCAGUCCGUGUCGUUAGGAUUUGAGACUGUCUACCAGUUGAACAGAAUGUGUACUAUUAGGAUAAGCUUUGUGAAAGGUUGGGGUGCUGAAUACAGGCGUCCCACUGUCACCAGCACACCAUGUUGGAUUGAAAUCCACUUGAACGGGUCACUCCAAUGGCUGGACAAGGUCCUCACUCAAAUGGGAUCUCCUACCAGCAGAAUACAGUCGGACACUUGAGCCUAAGGAACCAAUGUAUUGUCACUCUGUGCAUCAAUCAAUUCUCAUUUUAUUGUUAGUCUAUUAAUCAGUGGUUGUCAUGGUUAUUGUUAAUUAAUUAUUAGUUAUUAAUUAAUUAAUGUCAAUUGGGUGGAGUUACUGGGGUACAAAGUUCAAGUCUUGUUGUUGCUGUUUCUCUUCUAGUUGAUAUGUUGUUCAGAUACUAUUCAACUUCUUCCAUUCCUAAACACCAAGUGACUCCUUUUAGACGUUUUAUUCUUAAAAUAACAAGAACAGUAAAAGAUGUACCCUCAGAAGUGAGCACUGAAGUAAUGGAUAAGGCUAACUCAAGGUUUAGGAUUGGACUGAUGUCAGUAACAAUGUUGUACGCUAUAAUCGGGUCAGUCUAUGCAAUAAUGAGAGGGAGAGAGGCAGCUAAAGAGAGGAGGGAGGGACUACACAAAUAGAACUACCACUCUACCACAACAAUUUAAUUUUUUUGAUAAAAAUUAAUCAUUGUCAGAAUA